CAACCGCACUGACUCACCUGCAACGACACCGCAACUCAUCCUCGACACGAGACUUCGACUUCGCGUCACUCCACGAACCCCCGGCCGUCCGCGCGCACCGAAUCGAGCAAGAGCAGGGAUCCAGGGAGCCUUUGCGAACGCCGUCACUUCAUCCAGAACCCACACCACACACACACACCGACCGGGUCGCGUACCACCGCACAAUCGUCACAAUGGAGGAGGUCAACGCGGACAGCGCCAACUACCAGAACUGCCGUUUCUACGAGCAGAAGUACCCCGAGGUCGACGAGUUUGUCAUGGUCAACGUCAAACAGAUUGCGGAAAUGGGCGCCUACGUCAAGCUGCUCGAGUACGACAACAUCGACGGCAUGAUUCUGCUCUCCGAACUGUCUAGGAGGCGUAUCCGUUCGAUUCAGAAGCUCAUCAGGGUCGGGAGGAACGAGGUCGUCGUCGUCCUGCGUGUCGACAAGGAAAAGGGUUACAUUGAUUUGUCGAAGCGCCGUGUCUCGCCCGAGGACAUUGUCAAGUGCGAGGAGCGCUACAACAAGUCCAAGAUGGUGCACUCGAUCAUGCGCCACGUAGCGACGAACGCGCAGAUGCCGAUUGAGAAGCUGUACGAGACGAUUGUGUGGCCGCUGCACCGGAAGUACGGCCACGCCGUCGACGCCUUCAAGCUGUCGAUCACCAACCCGGACGUGUGGACCGAGGUGGCCUUCCCGUCGCAGAGCGUCGAGAAGGAGCUCACGACGUACAUUGCCAAGCGCCUGACGCCGCAGCCCACCAAGGUGCGUGCCGACGUCGAGGUGACGUGCUUUGGCUACGAUGGCAUCGACGCCGUCAAGGAGGCCCUGCGCACCGCCGAGAGCAAGAACACCACCGACACCCAGAUCAAGGUCAAGCUGGUCUCUCCUCCCCUCUACGUCCUCACCAGCCAGUGCCUCGACAAGAACCUCGGCAUCUCUGUCCUCGAGGAGGCCAUCAAGGACAUCACGGCCAACAUCCAGAAGAACGGCGGCGACUGUAAGAUCAAGAUGGCGCCCAAGGCCGUCACCGAGUCCGAUGACGCUGAGCUGCAGGCUCUCAUGGACAAGCGGGCGCAGGAGAACCUGGAGGUCAGCGGCGACGAGGACGAGUCGGGCUCCGACGAGGGCAUUGUCGAGAACUAAGGCGAUUAUUAUUAUCGGUGUCGCCGAGGCGAGUUUCAGUUUGGGUUGGGCAGUUCCGAGGCUUCGUCUUGGUCUGAUAGGGCAAAGAGGAAAUUUGUAGAGGGGCGCAAGAUAAAAAAAAAUCAUGAUGCUGGUCGGGGAUGUACUCUAUUCUACGAGUUGAGACGAGGGGGGAUACCAAAAAUAGACGUUACACCACCCAAAUCACAACAUGGUGUAGCAGAUCCGAAAACGAAUGUGCAGAAUCGCUCGGCUUUUGUCAAAUCUAUUCAAUCAAAUUUUGUCUCUGCCUGCCCAUUCAAUCCGCGCGUGCUAGGAAACGCGGUCCAUUGCACUGACAGUAUGUAGGGAGACAACUGUUUUUAUAUUCAUAUAGGC